AUGUCUUGCAAAUUAGUCGUAAUUGCUGCCGUCAUAGCCGUCACCAAUGCCGGCGUAUAUCCUGCACCAUCCGAUCACAUUACGAAUUAUCCAAGUGCACCCAUUGUCUCCUACUCAAGUCCUUCGUCACCAACAACGAAAAUAGUAUCCCCUGUAGUAACCAAAUAUGCAGCUCCGGCAUAUGCUUCAGCAAUCACCAAAGUAGGUUAUGCCGCUGGUGACGCCAAGCUGUACCAUUCCGAACCCGAAGCUCCUGCCCAUUACAACUUCGAAUAUUCCGUCCACGACGACCACACAGGUGACGUUAAAUCCCAGCAGGAAAGUCGUGAAGGAGACGUCGUCCACGGAAGCUACUCGCUCAUCGAGCCAGACGGUUCCCGACGCAUCGUGGAGUACACCGCCGACGCCGUUCACGGUUUCAACGCCGUAGUACGUAAGGAACCCGGCACUGCCGUGAAAGUAGCAGCUCCCGUUGCUAAGGUUGUGGCUCCGGUCAAAGUUGCUGUUGCUGCACCGGUCGUAGCUAAAUACAAGGCUCCGGUGUUGGCUUCCUACCACGCUCCGGCAUCCGCAUAUUACCACCACUGA